UCCAUAUGUCCUUCUCUACCCUCCUACAUAUAGCAAUCGGAAUUGAACUAUGUUGAUUUAUGAGUACCUAAAAGAAGGCUGAUGAUCCCUCAGACCAGAAGAAGGCUCCUAGAAACUCCACGCACCCUUCCUUUAAUCAGAAACCACUCUCCAAUGGCCCAGCUGGACCAGCAGCAGCAGAAAGAAAACCAAAAAGGAAAGAAAGAUAGAAGCAGGAAAUGGGAGGUGUCCUCUAAUGUCCUCCAACCCAACAACCUCACCAUACACAACCAUAAAAAAGAAAAGAAACCCAGUUACCACAAAUGCCCUUCUGCAACAUCCCAAAAAAUCUCAUUAUCUUCAUCUCUAGUGACUCUACACAGUCCCACAACAAUAAUGGGGUUUCCCUUCCCUAGUUUACGUGGGCUUUUUGGGCUUUCUCUGGUUCAGAGCUUUCACACACAGAACAGAGCAUCAACAACUUUCUGCCUUCCUUCCCUCCCUCUUUCUCUCCCUUCUUAAUUACCCUAUCCUUCUUUAUCUUUAGAACAAAGGGUUUCCUGCCGAUUUCUGUAUAAGAAAAUGAAAGGGGUUUCCUUCAAUCCUUCUCCAUACCGAGUCAAUGAGAAUCCCAAUACCAUGAUCAAGCAUCGAGUUCUUAUGCAGGAAUAUCAAGACCUCCAAAAGGAAACUGAAGCCAUCAAGAACAGAUUUGAGAAUACAAAACAUCACAAAUCGGUGUUGUUGGCUGAAAUAAGGUUUCUGAGGAGACGACACAAACAGCUUCUUGUUCUAAGAAGGAAGAAAAGAAUCCCAAAUGAGAAGAAGAGGAGGAGGGUGGUUUGUGAAGCAAUUAAGAAGGAACAUAUUCUAGAUUUGAAUAAGGGGGAAGAAGUUAGCCGAGCUCCUCCUCCUCCAGUUUUUGACCUGAAUCAGAUAGCGAGAGAAGAUCAUGAUGAUGAUGGUUUCCGGCCUCUGAUGAUGAAUGAAACGGCGGAUGAAGAUCAAAAGUUGGCUUUGUGCAGUAUGAAUGCUGGAAAGCGAAUUAAGAGAAAAAUAUCAUGGCAAGAUCCGGUAGUUGCUUUGAAGGUGGUGGUUUGAUAAUAAUAAUAAUAUUUGUUAUCAACUCAAAUGAAUGUUGGAAUAAGAAUAUUUAAGGUUUUGUUUGUUUUUUCAUGUAUAUGUAUGACAGUUAGGCCGCAACAUAAGCAAAUAAAUACAAGGAAACAAACCGGUUUUAUAAU